UCAGAGUCAAGAGAUCUGAUGACAAACCCAGUGAUGUCUGUGAACCCUUUACUGACACCAUCAGGACAUCAGAGGAUUCCACUGGUUCCCUCACCAUUUGGGCCUCCAAUUGUGGACAGAGAUGUCUUGACCUCCAGUAUAGCUCCAACUGAUCCGAGCCAGUUUUGUGCUCCCUCCCAGUUUGGAUCCUCUGUUGUCCCGAGUGCAAACGUGCCAAACCCGCUGCCGGGCCACUUCUACUCAGGCUGGGGCAUUUUACCACCUGAACCCAUAAAGACCAUGCCCACAAGGAAUGAGAUGAUUGAAAGGCAUCACACUGCCAGGGCAGAAAUAGAAAUGUAUUCUCUUUACCACCAAAGGAGGAUGGAAAGAGUUAAUCCCCAGGGACUCACUGGCCUGGGGAUACCACUCUUUUACGGGUCCAGUUGCCUGGGUGGCCCUGCAGGCUUCCAAGGCAGGAGCGCACUGCCUGCCAGUGAUCUGCAUCUACACAGAAGCACCCCCCGACAUCUUCAGGGAAAUCCUAUUCUGCUGACAACUAGACCCCACUUUACAGAGUGCUGGGGCCAGAAAUACCGACUCAGGAGAGGUCCAGUCUACCAGAAACCUCUAGAGAACGACAUUGAGAGUUUCAAACGUCAAACAGAAGAAAAAAGCUCAGGCCAGAUGCCUGACGUUCCCUAUGAAGAAGAGGAGGGCAUCAAGGAUCCAGAAAUCGAGGUAGACAACAGCCAGAAGUCAAGGGAAAUGGAUGAAAAGCCGACUUCAGGCCUCGUCAACCCCUGCAGAGAGCUCCAGCCAAGCCAGAGGAAAGCCCCUUCCCUAGAGGCCAAGGCUUGGCAUGGUGGGAAGGCAAAGCCCUCUGAACAGGGCUGUGAAGGCUGCGAUGAACAGAACGGGGUUGGCCUGCCCGUUUCCAUCCUGCCUCCCUCAGGAACACAUGAACUGGUUGCCCUUAGGGAAAACCGUUCUUCAGCUGAUAUUCAGAAAUGGACUGUAGAUGAUGUGCACAACUUCAUCAGAGGCCUUCCGGGCUGCUCAGACUACGCCCAGGUAUUUAAGGAUCACGCGAUUGAUGGAGAAACACUGCCCCUUCUCACCGAGCACCAUCUUCGAGGCACCAUGGGGCUGAAGCUUGGGCCAGCACUAAAAAUCCAGUCUCAGGUAUCUCAGCAUGUUGGAAAUACGUUCUGUAAGAAAAUUCCUUCACUUCCCACGCAUGCAAGGCAAGCAUUUGAUCAUCCAGCAGACACAUCCCCUCUUUUGGAUAUUAAUUCCUGGAGUGAUGGUUUGAGCGUUCCUUGUUCCCAGGAUGUAAUGAUUCCCAAAAGAACUGAGCAAGACAGUAUGAGAAAUUAAAAAUACUCAAAGACAAAUAAGUCACUCUCAGUUUUCUAGAGUUGCAGACGUUCCCUGCCAUGUGUGAGAGCUUCCUGGGGCCAGGUGGAGGACAUGGAGAGUGAGACCAUACUCCUAGCAUUGUCUUGGGAGGAUCUCACCCAACAAGCUUCCUGCCAUGCCGAAGUGACCCAAGUGCCAAGGUUCUGGAGAACUGUCCUUAGAGAAAAUGCUAAUGGGGAUGAGAAUUCACAAACAUCUUGCAAGCCUCAGUCUGAGGCCUCUGUGAGGAACACUCUGAAGAAGCUGAGAGUAGAAACUGAAAAGGAACUCCAUCUCCUCACUCCUUCUAUCUUCCAACCCUGGUGGAGACACAGGCUCUGAUUUGAGGAGGCAGAAGAGGAAGACAGAGAGAAGCUGACCACAGAUGCCUGCCUUAUCCCACGACAGGCAGUGUCUAGCCCAGGCUAGGCCUCAUGAGAGAGAAGUUAGGAUUCGUUGGAGGGGUGGGGAAAGUCACCUGUACGCUGCAGGCUGGAAGUAGAGGGAGGUGAUGGUCGAGGUGACUGUCUGCUCCAUGUCGAGUUCCAAUCCUCCACUUAACAUUUGACAGAAUGACUCCAGAAGGACACAGAGGAAUUUGACAAUUCAAUCAAAGAGGACUAGCCGGCAGGCACAGGAAAAGGUCUUAUUUUGAAUGUUCUGAAUUGUAAACCAUGAGAAGGUGUGUCUAUUUUUCAGAUUCACAGUUCAUGUGAACUAACCCUGGCAAGAAGCCUUUCAGAUAGCCCACAGUCCCAUGGUCUAGUAUACUUGCCCUUAGAGUGGGCUGGACCAAAGAGUUCUUCCUAACGUGGCACACCCUUAAGGUCUGGCAGGGAUCACUCCUGUGGCUUCUGUCUGCUUUUUAUGUCACUUUCCAUCUCCAAGCAGCCCUGGGUAGAGAGCUCCAUGUGAUGAACCUUGACAGUGGACACUCAGAAGCCUGCCAACAAACAGCCUCAUGCCAUUCAGGUAUGAGAAAGUGCGGUAAGUCUUGGCCCACAGCCUGACUCCAGCUCACAAGACCCUGGUCCAGGCUAUCAGUCAAGCUUCUGCGGGUUCCUGACCACAGAACUACCAUCCCAAACAUGCUGUUUCCAAAUACUGUGUUUUGGAGAAUUUAAACACACACAUUUAACUUAGUAACACAAAGAGCACACUACUGUAUUGUUAUUUUUUUCUCUUUUGCUCUUUUGGGGAGGCCCACCACCCAGCUCUGAUCUCUCCUCCCAGUUUUCUCCUUCUAUACACACUCCCUGCCCAUCCUUUCUCCUGCCUUGCUAUUGGCCAGUUCUUUAUUAGACCAUCAGGUGUUUUAGGCAGACACAGAAACACAGCUUCACAGAGUUAAACAAAUGCAAUAUGAACACAAGUAACAUACCUUAAAAUAUUCUACUACACUACUGAAUCCACUUUUGAUCUGGAAGGUGAAAUUCCAAAGUCCUUUCCCCAGAGUCCUUGCUGAUUUAGCUGAGUUUUGCUUCCUUUUAUUUUUCCCCAUGAUAACAUUUUUUUCUGAUAUAAAAUUAUUUUAUGGCAUUUCUAUGGACAUGUGGACAUUAGCAUGGGUUUUGACUUUGAAACUAGAAAGGGGGGGACAAACAGGUAUUGAGGAAGUCAGUUGAGGACCAUGGGCAUGUGGGACGUGAGAACAGAAAGGAGGCUACUGGAGUGGGAGCGCGUCCAAGGGGUGAGGGGUUAGAGAAACGGGGUGAAAGACCAACAAAACUAGUCUAUGUUUGUAAAUCUCAUUAUCAAACCUGAUACUUUGUAUGUUAAUUUUUAAUUAAUUUUUAAAAACCUGUCAUAUCAUCAAAUAUGCUUGUAAAUUUCUAGCUCAAUCUCUUGAUCCCUUUCUUGAGGGUCAGUCAGAAAGAAGAAAAU